AUGGGAAAAAAUCAGUUCAUAUACUUUGGCAUCAUGGAACGUAAUCCCGUUAGCGGCAUAAAUCCUUUUUACGAAUUAUGUUUAAUGGACUCGACCACCGGAUUUCACAUUGACUUUUUCCUGCUCUUGGACUACAAAUAUAUCAAAAUUGUAGUGUGGCACGGAUGCGAGGGCUACGUCUACAACGUAACGAAAGCAGGGGGUCAACCACACCCUGAGGAAAUACCAAUCUACACAGGGUCCCAGUGGUCAAUCAUGGGCCGUGACCUGACAGACUACGCCGUGACCCAUGAGCGCCGUUCUGACCAGCUGAACCGAUGGCACUAUCACCUGCAGAUGUCGAUCAUACCUGACGAGGCUUAUUUCCCGACUGUCACCAUGAAUUCGCCAUAUGCCAACAAAUCCCGUCCUCUUGGGUUCCACUGGCUGAAAAAGUUCGAAGGGAGGAAUACGAUUAACCUUUGCCGUCACAUGGAAGAUGCCGAUUUUUGCGGACAGGGUCCGGGGCCCGUGGAAGAAGGCGACCUCAGGGAAAUGAUGGAGUCCUCCCACAGAUAUUUCUUCGCCAGGAAAUUCUACACUGAUAACACUGGGCACAGCACGAGGAUUAGGGUGACGGAGCACGUGCGGACCAACUACUACCUGAGCCUCCGCCGCCAGAUCCCCCGAGGCCUCCUCAAGCAGCUGGCCGACCUCGCCUUCGUCAGGCUCGAGGAGGACCUGCGCGCGCACCCCGUCCUCGGCGCCGUGACCAUCUCGCCGGGGGACGUGACCGCCUUCAAGGUCCUGCCGCGUCUCCACCUCACGAACCCUUGCUGUUCUCUCCCCUUCGAGAGGUCCUGCCGCGUCUCCACCUCACGAACCCUUGCUGUUCUCUCCCCUUCGAGAGGUCCUUCAAGAGCACGCAGGAAUUCGUCUUCUGGAUCGACUUCAACAUUGUCAAACACACUACAUUUCUUGAUUUAA